GCCCCCAGCUCCCACCGGGUCGGCCCGGCUCAGCCAUGAUCAAGGCGAUCCUCGUCUUUAACAACCACGGGAAGCCGCGGCUCUCCAAGUUCUACCAGCCCUACAGUGAAGAUACACAACAGCAAAUCAUCAGGGAGACAUUCCAUUUGGUAUCUAAGAGAGAUGAAAAUGUUUGUAAUUUCCUAGAAGGAGGAUUAUUAAUUGGAGGAUCUGACAACAAACUGAUUUAUAGACAUUAUGCAACAUUAUAUUUUGUCUUCUGUGUGGAUUCUUCAGAAAGUGAACUUGACAUUUUAGAUCGAAUUCAAGUAUUUGUGGAAACAUUAGACAAGUGUUUUGAAAACGUCUGUGAACUGGAUUUAAUUUUCCAUGUAGACAAGGUUCACAAUAUUCUUGCAGAAAUGGUGAUGGGGGGAAUGGUAUUGGAGACCAACAUGAAUGAGAUUGUUACACAAAUUGAUGCACAAAAUAAACUGGAGAAAUCUGAGGCUGGCUUAGCGGGAGCUCCAGCCCAUGCUGUAUCAGCUGUAAAGAAUAUGAAUCUUCCUGAGAUCCCAAGAAAUAUUACCAUUGGUGACAUCAGUAUAAAAGUGCCAAACCUGCCCUCUUUUAAAUAA